UUUUUAUUAAUAAACUAUUUUGAAAGAUGGCCACGCUUAGGUCGCUUGCUGGCUUAAAUAACUCUCAAUUUUCAAAGAUUAUUAAAGAUCAAAGAAGUAGACAGUCUAAGGGACAGGUGAAAAAAGUUCGUAGCACGCUAACAACCAUCGAGCAUUAUUUAUUCGCGUGGGAUAAAGUAGAUUGUUGCCUGCUCGUAAAAAAUUUGUUAGACGUUGAUAAAUGGGCCGAAGGCAAGAAAAACACAGACCAAAAACCGUCAGCAGAUCGAUUUCUGAAAAUCACCCUGACAGAUGCACCUGUCUUCGAAGUUGAAAAUGUUCAAACUAAUUUGGAUGGUAGUUUAAUAGUCUUGAAUGGUCCUCAAGGUGUGGCAUGUGUUGAACUACCAAGUAAUUGGCCAAGUCUUGAGGCCAAACAACAAGGACUUUCUGUUAAAAGUGCUAGAUCUGUUUACAUCGAUCAGAAGCUCUUAUUAUGCAACUCACGGGUGAGAAUCCAGGAAGUCAAGUUUCAUCCAGGAUCUCCAACAAAUAGCCAUUUGGUUGUGUUGACAUCAGAUAAUUGCAUUAGAAUCUAUGAUGUGUUCAACCCUAGCCGCCCAGAAAAAACAAUUCCGGUUGGUCCCAAAGUGGGAAACCAUUCACUGCAUUCUUCAAUGACAUCAGGCACAACGUUUUCCUCGUGUUUGGAUGAAGCCGUAUCUUUCGAUUUUGGCACGCCCUUUGAAGAUACUCGAAGCAGCGGAGAUCAACAAAAAAGAGAUGGGGUUCCAAUCUUCCUUUUUCCAGUAUACGUCCUACUUACCAACGGAGAUGUUUAUACGUUCUCUUGUUCAGUGCAGUCGAAUAGUUCUAGAGCUCCUAAAAUAUCGGUAAUUGGCCCAUUAUUAAUGCAGCCAGCUGCCCUGGACAAUUAUGGAGACGAUGCUUGUUCUCUUCUCUGCUUACCGGUGUUGCCACCAGUUUUAGUGAUCGCCAACCGCACAGGAAACAUACAUCAUGCCAUUUUACUUCCACGCGCAGCGACAGAUGACGAUGACGAUUCCGACCAAAAUGCUAAUAUUGCCGACGAUCUCGAGUCGUUGUUAUCGAAAGCAAGUUUGACGGUUACGGACGUGAAACCUGAUUCAGUGUUACAUGUUACCGAGACGCUUGAAUUGGAUGGUGACAUUCUGGACGGAAGUGAAAGUUUCAGCAGUGAUGAAAAUGUUGCUGACAAUGAAGGUGCGAUUCAGCUCCGUAGGGAUCCUGCGUGUUCCAGUCGUUACUUUGUUGUACACGACUAUGGAGUCCAUGGCGUGGUCGUUCCACUAGUUGAUACUCUCAGUGAAUUGGCCUCGAAACCUGAUUCGGAUGUCGAUCAGGAUGAGACUAAACGGGUAAUGCUGGCUGAAACGGUUGUUGAAUUCAUUUUGUGUUCACGAACGAAAUCGUCUGCCGCUGCACCUCCUCAAGGAAUAGUCGUAUACCCACUUCCACCAACUCUGUUGGUGUUAUUGGAUUCGGCUGAUAUUCAAGUUAUUUCUCUCUCCCGCCUACUGAAACCAGCAGUCAAGACCGUACAGACCACUAACACGACGAAGGUGGAAAAAGAAUCUUUUGACACCAUUAUUCGACGUCAGCUGCAGCGCACACAUUCCCAACCAAAAUUAAGUUUUCCUCCUGGCACCGAACUCAAAGUGGCCGAAGUGGUCAAAUUAUUUAGUCGCAGCGUUCAAACUCUUCGCGAAGAAUAUAUCAUGAAGCAGGACGCGGUGCGUGAAGCAUUGGAGAAGAAAAGUCGGUUACUGGAAUUACAUCUACUCCAGCAGUUUGAUGAACUGAGUUUGAUACAACAGUCUAAGGAAGAAUUGACGGGAGUCGCCCACCAGUUGGCGGAAAAAUAUGAAGAUUCAAUGGAAAAGCAAAGAUCUUUGACUGAAAGGGUGGAGAGAGUGCUUUAUGAAAUUCAACGACGUUCGCCAUUCAUGACGGAUGCCGAAAAACAGAUGGGACAACAACUCCGUUUGCUGGAAACCAAAUUACAUUCAUUAACACAGUCCUUAGAAUCUUUAAAACGUCGAGAACAACUCUACGGUGCCAACGCUAUCCAGCAGCAAGACCGUAGUACAACGAUAGGCCAUCUGAGUGAAGAACAAAAAACAAGCGUGAACGAAGCCUUAGUUCUUCAGAGCGCAGAUAUUGCUGGCUUACUUAGGAGUUUGCAGCAAGUCAAGAAAAAGCUUGCCGCUUAGGGUAAGCGAAUGUUUGAAAUCUUUCACAUCAGUUUGGAUAUACACUUGUUUCAUUUUUCUCACA